GGACAAUGACGUCACGUUCGGCUGUGUUGGUUUGAGUGACAGGCAGUUCACGUCGACGAUAUUUUCUACGUAGAAACCGGUGCUUUGUUUGUGUUUGUACGUACCGAACCGCACGGAGUGUUCCGGGUACCGGUCGGUACACACAAGUCCAGCUGAAGCCUGUAACAGGACGCGGUUGUUUGUCCCGCUGACGCCAUCAUGGACCCCGCCAGUCAAGAUAUAAACCUGAACUCUCCUAACAAAGGUGUUGGUGUGAACUGUUCUGACAGUCUGUCUGACGUGCCAGUGGAGGGAACAGUAGGGAACUCUGCUCACCCUCCUCACCCAGGCCUAACAGAGGAAGAAGCUGAAGAGCUCCGUACUGAACUAGCCAAGGUGGAGGAGGAAAUCAACACCCUGCGUCAAGUGUUAUCAGCCAAAGAGAGACACUCCUCAGAUCUGAAAAGGAAACUUGGCCUCAGUCCACUCACUGAAUUCAAGCAGAAUCUCACCAAGAGCUGGCAAGACGUACAGACCUCCAAUGCAUAUCGUUCUGCCUCAGCCACUUUGGAUGACAUUACCCACUCUGAAGCAUACAAGAAGACUCAAGAGACUCUUUCCCAGGCAGGACAAAAGACAAGUGCAGCUCUCAACACAAUGAGCACAGCCAUUAGCAAGAGGCUGGGUGACAUGAGAGCUCUACCUUUCUCUAACUCCUUUAGAAACUCUCCAACAUUCAAGUCCUUUGAGGAUAAAGUGGGGAACCUGAAGUAUAAGGUUGUCGGCCCCAGAGGGAAUGAAGAGGCUGUUGGCUCCCCCAGUGACACCACCCCCACUCAGGAGAACCCACCUUUCUGAACACACCACCACCUCCUCUCCGCCAUCCUUAUCACGACCUUUGACUGUACUGUUCUCACCUUAUGGCAGAGUUCUCCCAGGCCUCCCCACCUCUCUUUAGUCCUAAGACCUGCAAACGCAGCAAAAGCGGAGGUUGAAAACUCAAAUCUGGCAGACCUGUCACUGCUGAUCUCACAGCCUUUGUUCUGCUUCUAAACUUAAUGUUUAAACCACCUGAUAAUACUCGCAUCCUUUUCUUAGUCCAGAUAAAACGCUUCACCUCGGACAUCUUGUUGAACAGGAAAUCACUCAAUAGUCCCAUUUUGUUUCAAAUUGAAUUGAACCAACAAUAUUUGUGAUGCCUCUGGUGGAGUUUGCAGGCCUAAGCAACAUUCUGGCUAAACUUUGUUCUUUAGCUUCUGUCUUCUACCUAAAUGAGGCAUUCACACUGUCAGCUUGUGCCAGUGUUACAUUAUCUUCACUGUUUUCUUACACUUUAAACAAGUUGGCUUCACAGCUUUGUUUGUAGACAGAGCUUCAGAGGUUAGUUGGACUCUGAGCAUCUCAUCUACUCCUAUAAGCAUGUCUCAUCUCAACUGUACCACAGAAACCUUGCAAAUACAGCCAGUGUGUCCUAUUCACCGACAAAACACCCAAAAAGUUGUAAAAACUUGCAACCAUUUUGUAUUAUAAACUAUUUUUCACUGCUUUGCAUAAUGUUUUUACAUAAUUUUUAUCAAUAUGUAUACCGUAACAAUAAAUGACAUUUAUUGUCAUUGAUGCUGCCACGUGGUAGUAAUCAGGGUCUGUGGGGUUAAAAAAGGCAGGAUGUGUUUCGUUUGACAAACUGGAGUCAUAUUUAUGAGACAAGCUCAAACUAAGGCUUUUCAAAGACGGAGAACACUUAAACACACUCGUGUUUCUGAUCCCAGGUUUGGCUUCUGUUAGCCAUGUCACCGCUCCUUUCAGCCCGACUCACUUGAAAUGUUUCACAAUUUAGCUUGUACAAGAGGAAAUACAAGCCCUCCUUUUCGUAGUUUGACUGAAAGAGCUUGCAUGAAAGUGUCUGAAGGGUCACACAUGUGAGAGGGAAAAGUUGUCAAAGCUCCAACUUUGCAAAUGUAUUUAGUACUGUUAAUACUUCAGAUAUUUCUAUUACACAAAGCCACUGUGUGAGGUCAAACGAACCUUUAAAUGUUAUUUUGAAAUGUGUUUUUGUGUGAAAGUUAAAAAUAAUUCAUGUUACCUGGUGUGGAUAGCUUCUUAAACAAUCUCAGUUUGGAGAAAUAAGAGGACUGAUGAGCUAAUAACUAAUCCAAACACAGCUAAAACCAAAGAGAGGAAGUCUUAAAACAACUUCAAUCUUCAGAAUUUCAUAGUGGUAUUGUACUGUCCAUCCAUCCAUUAUCUUCCGCUUGUUCUGAAGUCGGUCACGGGGGCAGCAGCUUGAGC